AGGGAUGGCUGGGGGUGGGACUUGGGCCCCUGGUGCCACCUCGUUCACUGUACCCUGGCUGACUUUGCCCUGUUCUCCUCCGCAGUCCCUCCGGAGGACACCAGGAUUGACGGAGGCCCUGUGAUUCUGCUGCAGGCAGGCACCCCCCACAACCUCACGUGCCGGGCCUUCAACGCCAAGCCUGCCGCCACCAUCAUCUGGUUCCGGGACGGGACGCAGCAGGAGGGCGCUGUGGCUAGCACGGAGUUGCUGAAGGAUGGUAAGAGGGAGACCACCGUGAGCCAGCUGCUCAUUAAUCCCACGGACCUGGACAUCGGGCGUGUCUUCACCUGCCGGAGCAUGAACGAAGCCAUCCCAAGCGGCAGGGAGACCUCCAUUGAGCUCGAUGUGCACCACCCUCCUACAGUGACCCUGUCCAUUGAGCCACAGACGGUGCAGGAAGGCGAGCGUGUCGUCUUUACGUGCCAAGCCACAGCCAACCCUGAGAUCCUAGGCUACAGGUGGGCUAAGGGGGGUUUCUUGAUUGAAGAUGCCCAUGAGAGUCGCUAUGAGACAAAUGUGGAUUAUUCCUUCUUCACGGAGCCUGUGUCCUGUGAAGUUCACAACAAAGUGGGGAGCACCAAUGUCAGCACUUUAGUAAACGUUCACUUUGCCCCCCGGAUCGUAGUAGACCCCAAACCCACCACCACAGACAUUGGCUCUGAUGUGACCCUCACCUGUGUCUGGGUUGGGAAUCCCCCUCUCACCCUUACCUGGACCAAAAAGGACUCAAACAUGGUCCUGAGUAACAGCAACCAGCUGCUUCUGAAGUCGGUGACUCAGGCAGAUGCUGGCACCUACACCUGCCGGGCCAUCGUGCCCCGAAUCGGAGUGGCUGAGCGGGAGGUGCCGCUGUAUGUGAAUGGACCCCCCAUUAUCUCCAGCAAGGCAGUGCAGUACGCCGUGAGGGGCGACGGUGGCAAGGUGGAGUGUUUCAUUGGGAGCACGCCACCCCCAGACCGCAUCGCAUGGGCAUGGAAGGAGAACAUCCUGGAGGUGGGGACGCUGGAACGCUACACGAUGGAGAGGACCAACUCGGGCAGCGGCGUCCUGUCCACGCUCACCAUCAACAACGUCAUGGAAGCUGACUUUCAGACCCACUACAACUGCACCGCCUGGAACAGCUUCGGGCCAGGCACGGCCAUCAUUCAGCUAGAGGAGCGAGGUGACUAG